CCAAUCAGGGUUAAGCAAAGUACAGGAAGAAUUAUUUACGUCCUUCAAUUCUUUUGUGACUCGUCUCGUUUACCACACCGGUAAAUUCUGCGGGAAAAAAACUUGAAUAUUUAAAAAAUGGCAGCUGUGAAGUUGUACAACGCUCGCACUAAGUUUGUGGAGAACGUAUCUGCACCCGUACUCAAGCAAUUGCUGGACGAUCUCAACGAAGGACGUGUCUUGAAUGAAGAGGAAAUGGAAUCGGUUAUUGAAGAACACAAAGCGAGGACGGACAAGGCUCGCUGUCUUAUUGACAUGGUUCGGAAAAAGGGGGAAAAAUCUUCUAAAAAGAUGAUCGAGUAUAUCAAGGAGAGAGAUGAAAAUCUCUACGAUGUGCUGGGUUUUGCCAGUGAGUAACAUUCCAGAUGUAUGAAGACGAAUAGGCUACUCAUAGGCUACAUUGUGAAUCAUAUGGUCAUAAACUUAAAGUGUUUGAAUAGAAACUGUUAAUUAAAUCAUAACUGCAUUGUAUUCAAACGAAUAAAUCUUUUAUCAAACUUUUA